UCCUCCUCCGGGUGAGGCAGUUCCAGAAACACACAAAAUGAGUUUAUUUUUGCCUAAAUUGACUUGCAAAAAAGACAUAGAUGAUGUCAUCAAGGUAGUAGCAGAAAAGGUGGUUGUUUUAAGGUUUGGAAGAGAUGAAGACUCGGUAUGUCUCCAGCUAGAUGAAAUUCUGUCCAAAACUGCCCAUGACCUGAGUAACAUGGCGUCCAUCUACAUCGUUGAUGUGGAUAAAGCUCCCAUUUACACAAGAUACUUUGAUAUCAGUUACAUCCCCUCGACUGUUUUCUUUUUCAAUGGACAGCAUAUGAAAGUGGACUAUGGGUCACCAGAUCACACCAAGUUUGUUGGCAGCUUCAAAACCAAACAGGAUUUCAUGGAUCUGAUCGAGGUCAUAUACAGGGGAGCCAUGCGGGGGAAAAUGAUUGUCCGGAGUCCCAUCGACCCUCAAAAUAUUCCCAAAUAUGACCUGCUGUACCAUGGCAUUUAGCAUCAACAUCUACAACUUUAUCUUAAUCAGAUGAUGUGGGAUGUCUGUUAAAGCAAAGUCUGCAACUAUAUGUAACUUUUUUUGUAUUUUAUGUUGUCAUGUUAUGUUGUCAUGUUUUGGAUUUUCUAAAUUUCUAAGUAUGGAAAAUAUUUAUGUUCCCAAGACCGUUAGCACUGUUUUGUUUUCUAAAAGAUAAAAUUAUGAAUAACUAAAAAACAAAAACAAAUGGAUCGAUCUGUCUUUCUAAGGCGCUUGCCAUCGCAGCUAAGAUGUUUGUGUUACAUCACACAGUGGGCGACACAUCCCGGAAAACAUUUGGGAAGACUGACAAGUCGAAUGGCCAGCCCUCUGCUCUUGUCCUCUUCAAACCCUUUGUAUGAGUUAACAUUAUCUAGCUAUAAUGUCCUGGAAAUUAUAUGGUCACAUAAUGGCAUCCAUAUUCAGAAUAAUGAAAACAUGCUUAAUUCCGUAAUUUAUUUAUAUGACACUCGGGCUGCAAAUAACAAUUAUUUUCUUAGUUGGUUAAUCUGAAGCUUGUUUCGAUUAAUUGAAUAAUGGGUUAGGCCCUGGACGGACCAAAUCAGCAUCAACCAAAUGCAUACAGUGGUUUGGUGUGCAACAUAUCAGAAAAGAGGCAAAAAUGGCAAUCACUUGUUUUCCAACGUCAAAGCAGUUUUGUGUGAAUGUCUUGUUUUGGCAAAAACACAAAGAUAAUAGGUCUGCUUUCAUGGAUGGUUAAGGAAACAAAAAAAUACAGUAUUCACAUUUGAGAGGGUACAUUUUAAAUAAAAAAAAGAUUAAUCGGAUACCAAAAUAGUUGUCAAUUAAUUGAAUAAUGGAUUAAUCAUCAAUUCGUGAUUGUUGCAGCAAUGGCAAAUGUGUAGGAAUCCUGUAAAUGUGUA